AUGUUAAGGGCGAUUGACACGAAAUUAAAAUCGCCGAUCGAGGCAAAGUUAUUCAGGCCUCGUUCCCCGCUGAAUCUUUCGUCAACUGCGCCGUCAACGCGAGUUGAUUCAACCACAACGGCCUCGAACGACGAUGCCUACUCGAGGAAGAGGAACCGUAAACGAGUAACGACGGGAAGAGACGAGGAAUCAACUUUCAGUUCCACCGAAAAUUAUCCCAGGGGAUUCCCCAAAGUUCGUGGCUCGGCGAACAAAUCUGGACGGCUAAGAGGCAGCAACUUCGUCGAGAGCCGAAAGGGCAAUUUAGAGAAGUUUGUCGACGAAAAGGUAGCUUCGGAUGGGACUCGUAACGUCAGGGGUAGAAAUGUUCGGGGAAAUGCCGCGAGAACCGGAAACACUUUGGAACUCGCUGGGCUAAGUGAGAAACUGCACGAGAGGGAGAAUCCUGCGAACAUAAAAAACGCUCCUCUGUUUAUUGAUCUUCGAAAAUCUGAUGUUCAAAAUCCUGUCAUCGGCGAUGAAACUUCCGAAUCUGUUGGUGAUGGCGUUUACAAGAGUUCUCAGACAUCUGAAGAAAGUGGCUCUUUCAAGGAAGAAGUUGAAAGUUCGACCAACACCAAUGAUCUGGAUAAUUCUGUCAAGGAGAUAGUAGCAACCUCAUCGAGCUUCGAGUCUCGCCGAGACGACAAAGUUCCAACGGUGGCUGAACAUUCGCCACGUUCGAACAGCUACGUGGAUCGUUCGUCGGAUCAGCCUGCCACUUCCACAGAUUCGUGGACGAACGAGCCAGGAUCAAACGAGCAAAGAAGCGCGAGGACGCGAAACGACGGUGUGGCGGAGGCGACGAGCGUCGAGAAUGGCGAGGAGGAUGGAAAGUACGAGAAGCACGAAGGUCGCCAGGUUGAAAGUCACGAUCUACCAAGCCACGAGUACGUCCACGAGAACGAGCGUGCGCCCGAGGGCGUGAUGGUGUUUAAAAAGGACGAGGACGGUCGACACGCGGCGAAGUAUGACGUCAGAGUGGAGGAUGAUGUCGCGUCCGAUGGCUCGCACGACACCGAGAGUCACCGGAGCGUGAAAGAGGGUGCAGCGGGUCGUGGGAAGUUCGAGAAGGGCGGGGCGACGGAACGCGAGCAAGAGCACCGCGAGAGCGACGGUGAGAAAGGGGAGAAGGGCUACGAAAGCUGGCACGAGGAGGAGAAAUCCGACAAGGGUCAUCACGACAAGGAACAGCGGAGCAAUUACUACGACGAGAAGGAUGGCAAGGAGAAAGAGCAGAAGGAGGAGGGUGGAUAUCACGAGGAGCACCAGGAAGGCGAGAAAGGCGUAAAACAGGCGGAUUUCGACGAGAAGGGGGAACAUCAGAAAGGUUACAACACCAAGGGACAACACUUUGUCCACGAAAAGGACGAGUUCGAGAAACGGACCGAGUUCUUCGACGAGUUCCACGAGGACGGUGACGCGGAGAACGACGGGGAAAUUUAUCACGAGCGAAAGAUGUCCAAGGGUGGCCACUACAAAGCGGGCCACCACGACGCGGACGAUCACCGGCAAACGUUUGGCAAAAGGAGCGAAUACGAGAAAAGUGAUCACCACAGCGACGACAAAGGUCACGAGGUUAAAAACGGCGAGGACAGUCAUCACGAGCAAGGAAAUAUGCACGGUGAGAAGAAGAGUCAUCGAGGUGGAAAAGAGUGGACGCACAGGGACGGCGCGGACGAAACUGACAAAAAGAAACACUGA